GUUGCAGAUCUUCUCUUUCAAACAGCCAAAGAUGCUGGUCUCGAGUAUGACUGCGUGUGCGGCGUUCCUUACACGGCACUGCCGCUGGCCACGAUCAUCUGCUCAGAAUAUCAGAUCCCAAUGCUUAUACGGAGGAAGGAAGCAAAAGACUAUGGUACUAAGCGGCUAGUAGAAGGCACCAUUAAUCCAGGAGAAACAUGCUUGAUCAUUGAAGAUGUGGUAACAAGUGGAUCUAGCGUACUGGAAACUGCAGAAGUUCUUCAGAAAGAAGGAUUAAAAGUCACGGAUGCCAUAGUGCUGUUGGACAGGGAGCAGGGCGGGAAGGCCAGGUUAGAGGAACAUGGAAUUCACCUGCACUCUGUGUGCACGUUGUCCGGGGUGUUGGAGAUUCUCCAGCAGCAGGGAGAAGUGGCAGUUGAGAUGGCUGAAAAGGUGAAGAAAUUCAUUCAGGGAAACAUGUUUGAGCCAGUGUCUCAGAACGCUCCUGCUCCCGUGAAGAGACUAUGUAAAGAGCUGAGCUUCAGCACUCGUGCCGAGCUGCCGGGGGUACAUCCUAUUGCAGCCAGGCUUCUCGUGCUCAUGGAAAAGAAGCAAACAAACUUGUGCCUUUCUGCUGAUGUCACCAGCUCCAAAGAGCUGCUGCAGUUAGCUGCCAUCCUGGGCCCCAGCAUUUGUAUCCUGAAGACUCAUAUAGACAUCCUGAAUGAUUUCACCCAAGAGGUAGUAAAGGAGUUGAGAACACUCGCAAAUCGGUAUGAAUUCUUGAUUUUUGAAGACAGGAAAUUUGCAGACAUUGGAAACACAGUGAAACAUCAAUACGAAGGUGGUGUGUUCAGAAUCUCAUCCUGGUCAGACAUCGUUAAUGCCCAUGUGGUUCCAGGCUCUGGAGUUGUGAAAGGUCUGAAGGAAGUAGGUCUUCCUCUCCAGCGUGGCUGUCUUCUGAUUGCUGAGAUGAGUUCCCAAGGGUCACUUGCAACGGGUGAAUACACAAAAGCUGCAGUACAGAUGGCUGAAGACAACUCGGAUUUUGUUUUUGGAUUCAUAUCUGGAUCUAGAGUUAGUAAUAAACCAGAAUUUCUUCACUUAACUCCAGGGGUGCAGCUGCAAACUGGAGGUGAUAACCUUGGACAGAAGUACCUAAGCCCCCAGGAAGUUAUUAACGAAAAAGGUUCAGAUAUCAUUAUUGUGGGACGUGGCAUCUUGUCAGCUUCAGACCGUCUUCAAGAAGCAGAGAAGUACAGGAAGGCGGCUUGGGAGAGCUACAUAUGCAGACUUGGUAUUCGUGCAGAAGAUUGAAAGCAGGCCACUUUUCUGGUCAAUAAGCAAAGCUGAUGGAGGUGCAAUCAUUGUGAGACUUCCGGUUAAAUACAUAGACACUUCAGCUAGUAGAAAACUGCUCUUUUGGAGAAAAAUCUGUUACUAACUAAAUUAUUUUUAAUCGCACACA